ACGUCACAGCAGAGCAGUGAUUCAUAUGCAUUGACCGAGAGAUUUAAACUCGUUCUUCAGGACUUCUGUCAAUUCGUUGUUUUCCUCUCGGUUCAAGACGGUAAUAAGGAGUACUGCCUGAGGACCGAGGGGAUAUUCAACAUGUUGGGGAGAAAAAAUAAACCAGAGGCCGUUCGGACUGAAGAACCCAAAACGUACGAGUUGAAAACCCACGAUCCGCUUCGGAGGCUUGGUGUGUUGGACGAUGAAGAUGUGUGCCUGAUGCUGCAGGGCUCAAAGAUGGUGAAGGUUCGAUCUCAGCGUUGGAGGAAGGACAGGAGUCUGAAACUACUGGAAGAUUGCGUGACAGUGUGGUGUGAGUCUAGCAAGACUUCCCGCAAGGGCCAAAGACAACAGACCUUCUCUGUGACAGAGGUAGAGUGUGUGCGGGAGGGCUGUCAGUCUGAGUGUCUGAGGCAAAUGGCAGGUUUGGUUCCAGAGACACACUGCUUCACUGUGGUGUUCCGUGGAGCCAGGAAGAGCCUGGAUCUUUGCUGUCCCACACAGGAGGAAGCAGAGCGCUGGGUUAGAGGCAUCCGCAAGCUUAAAGACCGUGUCUCCAACAUGAGCCAGAAAGAAAAGCUCGACCAUUGGAUUCGAGGCUAUCUGAGACGUGCAGAUGAAAACCAGGAUGGGAAGAUGAGCUAUGACGAGGUGAAACACCUGCUACAGCUGAUCAACAUUGACCUGAACGAACAGUAUUCACGCACCCUCUUUAAGAAGUGUGAUCGGUCAUGUGAUGGGCGGCUGGAUCACGUGGAGAUUGAGGAGUUCUGUCGUGAGCUCAUGCGCAGGCCAGAGCUUGAUUUAGUGUUCAGGCACUACUCCAGUAACGGCUGUGUGCUCACCACCAUGGAGCUGCGGGAUUUUCUCGGUGACCAGGGCGAGAAUGCAUUGCUGGCCCAUGCGCAGAGUCUUAUCAACACUUAUGAGCUUAAUAACUGGGCCCAGAAGAAUCAAUUCAUGACCCAGAAUGGCUUCACCAUGUACAUGCUCUCCAAAGAGAAUGAUGUUUUCAACCCUGAUCAUGCACACGUGUAUCAGGAUAUGAGCAGACCACUGGCUCAUUAUUACAUCUCUUCCUCUCAUAAUACCUACCUCACUAAAGACCAGGUCACCAGUGCCAGCAGCACAGAGCCUUAUAUAAGAGCUCUUAAUCAGGGUUGUCGCUGUGUUGAGCUGGACUGCUGGGAUGGUGAUAAAGGAGAACCCAUGAUCUUCCACGGACACACGCUCACCUCUAAAGUGCUCUUUAAAGAAGUCAUAGAGACCAUCGCUCAGUAUGCCUUCAAGGCGUCUCUGUAUCCUCUGAUCUUGUCUCUAGAAAAUCAUUGCUCAGUGGAGCAGCAGGCUGUGAUGGCCCAGCACCUUCACUCUAUUCUGGGCAGAAAGCUCCUGAGAAGGCCGCUCAAUGACCUACCCCUCAAACAGCUGCCCUCACCUGAGGAGUUGAUGGGGCGAAUCCUGCUGAAGGGGAAGAAGAUGAGUGGUCUGCUGGGCAAGACUGACAGCUGCACUAGCUUUACAUCAAGCUCAGAUUCAGAGGAGUCAGCUGCUGGAGGGGGUGGGAACAAGGGCUCAAACAAAAAGGACCCUGGAAAGCCCGUGAGCUCCAAACUUAGUCCAGAGCUAUCAGAUCUGGUGGUGUACUGUGAGAGUGUGCCCUUCAAUGGUUUCGAGACAGCCAGUCAGAGACCUCCUAGUGCAAUGUCCUCUUUCUCUGAGAACGAUGCGCUCAAACUCAUCAAAGAGUCAGGAAAGCUGUUUGUUCGACAUAACAGUAGGCAGCUGAGCAGGAUUUAUCCAUCUGGCCAGAGGCUACAGUCUUCUAACUAUGACCCACAGGACAUGUGGAAUGCUGGCUGCCAGAUGGUGGCUCUGAACUUUCAGACACCAGGAGAGCAGAUGGAUCUGAACCAGGGACGCUUUCUGCCCAAUGGAUGCUGUGGAUAUGUGCUCAAACCUGACUUUCUGUGUCAGCCUAAGUCCAGCUUUGACCCUGAGAACACAGGUGGAGGGCCAGGACAUACACCUACACAACUUAUAAUACGGGUGAUCUCAGCCCAGCAGCUUCCCAAGAUAAACACUGACAAGCCCAACUCCAUUGUGGACCCGCAGGUCUGGGUGGAGAUCCAUGGAGUUUCCAUUGAUAAGGCUCGUGCCAAAACUCAGCGCAUUGACAACAAUGGUUUCAACCCACGCUGGGAUUGUACUCUAAGCUUUCAGUUACAGGUGCCUGAACUGGCCUUGGUGCGUUUUGUAGUUGAAGAUCACGAUCACAAAAGCAAGAAUGAUUUUAUAGGACAAUUUACACUGCCCUUCACCAGCCUCCGAACAGGUUAUCGUCAUGUUCACCUGCUAAAAGCAGAUGGCUCCAGUCUGUCUCCUGCCACUCUUUUCAUCUAUGUCAAAGUGAUACGACGAGGAGUUCCUAUUAAAAAAAUUUCUGAGUGUAUGGGCAAAGCCUGAUUCUCUUUCAUUAUGAUUCUUGGGAAUGCUUAUUUCUGAAAGUACGCUCCUGAAUGAAAAGCCCCUGAACUGGGCUGUUGAUGUGCUGAAACUACCUAACUGUUCAGAAUGAGACCACCAGAAAGAACAAGUCUUAUUGGACUUACCAGGACACACAUCUCCAACAAUCUGAAGAAAGACAGUGUUUGAAGAGCUGUGGUUAAAAGUGCAUUUUGCUUUUUAUUGUCAAUAUUUGGUUUUGUCUGAAGAGCAGAGCAUCUGAUGUGAUCCGUAACAUCUUACUGAAGUGUUAUGGAGGAAGCUAAAGGUAUUAUGAAGUCAAUAUUGUUAGAAGCCACAAGUCAGUAUUGUUUAUACUGUAUCUUUAUGUGGUUACACACAUUUCUGUCUCUGUGAGCCUUGAAUCAGAAAUUUUAACAUGUUUUAUUAAACGAUAAUUUAAUGUUUUAAUUAACUAAACUAAAACUUUAUUCUGGAAAUGCUGGACAUGAAUUCAAAUGUACAUUGUCCUUGUUAUAGUCUGUCUAUAACUACAGUUUAACUGUUUUAGAAUUUGAAUAUUGUAAUAUUGAGAUGGAUUUGAUGUGACGAACAGAGUGAGAACAGGUUAAAAAUGUGAUGAGGAGAAACAGUCUAUUGAAAGGGUCCUGAAAGCAUGAAUGGAAAUGUGGAAGGCUUCAUAACGGUCAUGACUAUGUUUUUGUAUUUUAUUGAAAUUUUAUUAACACUUAUUAUGAAAUCAGUGUUUAACACAGUGUCUGAGACAGAAGAUUUCAUUAUUAAAGCUAAAAGCAUGCAUUGCACAUGUGCAGUGUCCUAAGCCAUCCAAAUGUGGCAAAUUAUACACAUUUUACAUGACUUGUGUGGCUUGUGCCGCAGCUAGACAAGUAAAGCCCUUUCCCUCUAGAUGCUCCUGUACCAUUAUAACAUGUAGGCAAUCACCUUAAUUUCAUAAGUGAGUUAAAGUGACACUUUGAAAGGUUUUGGGUUUUCUCUGCUUGUUGUACUAGGCUGAGACAAAUAAUUUGUAAUAUAUUGUCAACUACUUCUUUACAGAUGUAAUUUUUCUGUUCUCUCAUUAGAAACGAGAGGUCUCUUACAUCUUAUAUUUGAAUGUCUUAUUUGUCAUUGUGACAUUUUUUUGUGUGUGUGCGUGAUUGUUUUUAGGAUUACAAAUGGAAACAAUUUAUGUUUUUUUUUGUUUUGUUUUUUUGUUCUAGAUUAUGUGUUUUAUAAUACAGCAAAUUAAUUUUAAUUAAAUUAAUAUUAACAUUUACCUGAUCGAAAAUCAGACAUUAAUUGCAAAUCUCCAUCCUCCAUCCUUUUGCAAUAAUACACAAAUGCCUGCAGUACACAGUUGUGCCAUUGUGCUGAUUUUUUGUUUUUAAUAAUAACAGUUUUCAAAAAAUGUAGUGCCUUUCAAACAUGCCUACAUUUUAUAAACUUGUCUCAAAUUAUA